UGUCACUUUAUCUACAUGUUUACCCACAACAAAGACUUUAAUUGAUUUUGCAAAUAGAAAAUAUCCUGAAGCCAUGACAAAUAGGUGUAUGGAAAUACUAGAAACUUGUUGAAGGUAAGGUUCCUGUAUGAACUGUGUGAGAGGCGCGCACAAACAGCAAUACAAUCUUAUCUUUUUUUUCACAUUCUACAGGAUGACUUCGUUAUCAAACUCCCACUGCAGUAAUGGAGAUACAAUUUGUGAGAUCCGCGUGUAUGAAAAGGAGGUGAUUGUUGUGCCUGUCAUCCUGCUGGCCAGCUUCCUGGUCACUCUGGUCUUCAUUUUUCUGCUGCGCUUUUGUCCAGAGAAAGUUCAACGCAAACGUCCACGGAGCUCAAAAUCAGACUUCAGGAGAACACUGCAUGGCAUUGAUGCUCCACCAGGCAUCAAUGUCUUAGAGCAUGAAAGCAUCGCUCUGGACGUGCCCAAUUCCUACUCCACCUUCCAAUCCUCAAACACUUACCCCUCUAAACACCUCACCGUUCCUGCAAGCACACCCUCUAUCCAGCCGAACCCCUCACCAGAGCCCGCUAAGCCUAGUUUCACUCCCAUUGUCCAGCCCAGGGAGUUGCCCCGCAAGAGGCUGCCUGAGUCCUUCAACCUGGUCACCCCCCUGCCUGUUGUCUUCUCCCUGCGCUCCAACUCCUCUGUGUCUGUCUAUAGGGCCUGUAUGGAAAACAGGAAUGUGGUGCUGCGGGUGCUAAAUGACUCUGCUGAUGCCACUGAAAGACAGAGCUUCCUGGGCUUUGCAUCCUUCCUGGCCCAGCUCGGACCUCAUCCUUUCCUGCCAGAGCUUCUCGGUGUUGUCUCUCUGCGAGCUCCUCUGGUGACAGUUGUGGAGGAGCUGGAGAAUAGAGACCUGCUUAGCUUCCUGUGGAGAUGCAGACAGGAAGGUGUGGAUCCUCCAUGUGAGAUGACUGAGAGACGCAUAUUUACUAUGGCCAGCCAGGUGGCUUCAGCACUGGAGUUCCUUCACAGCAAAGAUCUUCUCCAUGGAAAUAUCCGUGCCCACAGUGUCCUAGUCAGUAAGGAGCUCACAGCCAAGCUUUGGGGCCUGCAUGGGGUCUACACAAGGAAAAACCAAGGAGCCACUCAGACAGAUGACCCCGGCAUGAGAAAAUGGCAGGCACCAGAGGUGAUAGCCAAGAGGCCUGCCACUCACAGCAGUGAUGUCUGGUCAUUUGGCAUCAUGUUGUAUGAAAUGGCAACAUUGGGUGAAGCUCCAUUUGCAGAAGUCCCAGUCAAUGAGCUUCUGCAAUUUCAUCAACGAGGGAAAACUCUGAAAAAACCCUCUAACUGCUCCAACUCUCUGUACUCCAUUAUUAAGGGUUGUUGCCAGUGGAAGGAUCAAGAUCGACCGUCCUUGGCUGAAGUGAGCCGAAAACUUGUCUCAGGAGAAAAAGGUGCCUCUGACAAGGUCCUUAAAGUGCCGGGGCCAGUUAACAUUGAGCAGUACCUGCAGGCAGCAGGAUACGGGGAAACCAACAGCUACACCGUUUUCUGAUCACUGCCUGUGCCGGCAAAAUAAAUUGCACGAUUCUCAAAAAUCCCAGCAGUGCACUUUUACAAUAUAAAUCUCUCAGGUACAAUAAAGGUGUUCUAAACUCUGUGUAUAAGUGUAUAACUGAAAUUGUUCCUUUAUUUUUUUAUGUACUCUCCUACUUCAGGCCCAGACAAUGUAAAUGAGAAAAAAUCUUCAUAAACAAUUCAUUUUCAGACCCUAUUCAUGUGUGUCUUUGACAGUCUGGGCAAUACCUAAAUGGCUCAAGUUCAGUUGGGACAAACUACCAAAAUGUUAUAGUAGAAGUUAUGUAAACCUGACCAUUGUUCAGCUGUUGCAUUAUGAACUUGUACUUGAUACUGUAAAUAUACAGUGAUGAAGGUUUACAAAUCUUAACUACAUGAUGCCAAUGUAUGAAGGAUGUAAUAACUAUUAUUACCGCACUGUGUAUGAUUCUGAGUUGCAGAAAUGGACAUUAAAGGAAUUAUCUUUAUUUGCACUUGGGCAUAAUGACUUAUUAUUACACUCUGUUUUCUCUAUAAGCUCAGUUUAUGUGGACACCUAUGAGCAACAAAUGAGCUUAGCGGAUGUCAGAGGGAAAGCAUACAGAAAUGCAUCCACUAACUGGUAUACUUUAUUGGCAGUACUGCAUACAUGUACACAGAGCACGUCCACUCAGCCCUUGACAGAGCAAACCAUGAGGAAUGCCUAUUUUCAGGUAGUUAAGUUGAUUAAAGCUACUAAACUAUAUUGUAUCAUUGAAAAAAUAUUUUUAAUUGUUGUACAAAAUGGAAAAGAUACAAAACUAAACUUUCAUAAUAACUGGUAAAAUGAACUAAUUAAAAUACCAGACUUUUUCUGAGUGCUCGAUGUGAUCGGAGCCUGGAGGGAACAUCUAUGGUUAAAAAAAAACAAAGAAA